CUGCCCUCAGCGUCAGUGCCUUCUGCCCGCAGUAAACGUGGCCUCAGCCUCUUCCGCCGGGGCAUGGGGUCAAGGGUCACGCAAGAUGGCGGCGCCCAGGGGCCGGUGAGGCUUGAAACGGAGAAUGGCGUUGACGGCGCUGGCGGCUGGGGCACGGUUGGGGCGGCGGCUGAGGCCAGGCCCCGGCGGUGAGCUCGGGCGAGGACACUGGACGGCGGCCGGGCACUCGCGGAGCCGGCGCGAAGCGGCGGAGGCCGAGGCGGCUGCUCCUGUGUUCCAAUACGUGGGCGAGCGCGCGGCCCGCGCCGAUCGCAUCUUCGUGUGGGGCUUCAGCUUCUCGGGGGCUCUGGGCGUGCCCACGUUCGUGCUGCCCGGCUCCGGGCCCGAGCCCCGCGGCGGCCGGCCGCGCCGCAGGAUCCAGCCGGUCCCCUACCGCCUGGAACUGGAUCAGAAGAUUUCCUCUGCUGCCUGUGGCUAUGGAUUCACAUUGCUGUCCUCAAAAACCAAGGAGGUCACAAAAGUUUGGGGUAUGGGACUCAACAAAGAUUCUCAGCUUGGAUUUCACAGGAGCAGGAAAGAUAAAGGGAGGGGAUAUGAGUAUGUUUUGGAGCCCUCGCCCAUCCCACUGCCUCUGGACAGACCUCAGGAGACACGGGUGCUGCAGGUGUCCUGUGGCAGAGCACACUCUCUAGUCCUGACAGACAGUGAAGGAGUCUUCAGCAUGGGGAACAAUUCUUAUGGACAGUGUGGAAGAAAGGUGGUCGAAAAUGAAAUUUACAGUGAAAGUCACAAAAUCCAUAGAAUGGAAGACUUCGAUGGACAGGUGGUGCAGGUCGCCUGUGGGCAGGACCACAGUCUGUUCCUAACAGACAAAGGAGAAGUCUACUCCUGUGGAUGGGGUGCAGACGGGCAGACAGGUCUGGGCCACUACAAUAUCACCAGCGUACCUACCAAGCUGGGCGGGGACCUUGCCGGGGUCAAUAUCAUCCAGGUGGCCACCUAUGGUGACUGCUGCCUGGCUGUGUCGGCUGACGGAGGCCUGUUUGGUUGGGGGAACUCCGAAUACCUGCAGCUGGCUUCUGUCACAGACUCCACGCAGGUGAAUGUCCCCCGGUGCUUGCCCUUCUCAGGCGUGGGGAAGGUGGAGCAGGCUGCGUGUGGUGGAACAGGCUGUGCUGUAGUAAAUGGAGAAGGCCGUGUUUUUGUCUGGGGUUAUGGAAUUCUUGGGAAAGGACCAAACCUCGUGGAAACGGCCCUUCCAGAAAUGAUUCCACCCACCCUCUUCGGCUUGUCGGAGUUCAACCCUGAAGUCCAGGUGUCCCGCAUCCGAUGUGGACUCAGCCACUUUGCUGCCCUGACCGACAGAGGAGAGCUGUUUGUGUGGGGCAAGAACAUCCGGGGCUGCCUGGGAAUCGGCCGCCUGGAAGACCAGUACUUCCCGUGGAGGGUGACGAUGCCAGGGGAGCCCGUGGAUGUGGCGUGUGGCGUGGAUCACAUGGUAACCCUGGCCAAGUCAUUCAUCUGAAUCUCCUUCCUGACCUGCUGGAGCCCGACCCUUGCCUCUGGGCUGCUCGGACUGCUUGGUGGAGGCGCCAUGGGGGCUCCCGGGAGGGCUGGGAAGCACGGAGCUCCCCCCAGAGCCCUUGGCGGGACACUUGGGAAGUCGGGCUGUGGCUCUUCACCUAAGGAAGGGGCCUGAGCGCAGGAGGCUGUGGUUGGGCCAGCCCGGCCCGCUGGUGUGCCAGGCUGCUGCGGUCCGGCAGACGAGGAUACUUUGCACGUUUUGACUUUCCAGGUAACACAUGAAGGCUUUUGGUGUCAUGUUUGACCUGAGAAGCUGGUCUUAGGAAAGGUUGGCGUGCACAUGGGCCAUUGGGUCGAUUUUAAGGUGCCUGCCAGAACACAGUGCUCACGGGGUUUCCGAAGCCCCUCUGAUCUCGGUAGAGUCGGGGCUGGUGUCUGGGCAUCUGAGGGAGCGGGCUGGCUUCAUCCUGGAGUUUUCGUCAGGUCCCCUCUGCCUACCCACCAUUGCCAGUCAGAGCCCCAGAGCCCAGCUAGUCGGAUACCGAAAUCCUUCAGAAUGGGCCUGGAACCCAUGGCCCAUGGCUGUCACCAGCCUUGUAGCCAUCCUCAUGCUUGGCUUGGGUGGAGAAGGAGGAAGGUGGAGGCCAAAUUCUGGUGGGCAGAAGGCUCAGAACACAUCUCACAGAAGCAGGCCUGCGUGCCAGCCUUGGAGAAGAAAGAUUGAGAAAUUGUGAAAAAUGUGUAAGUUUGUAAUUAACUUAAUUUUUUCUCUAAAAAUAUCUCUUGAAAAUCUUUUGAAAUAAAGUCUAU